UAGGGAAUCACCUCUGACCCAUAUUACUACACACAGAUCCACUGAAAUACGACACAUCACAUCUGUUUCUUUCAUUUCCACAUAUAUAAAGUUAAAUACGAGGUUCUUGGUUCAAUCAGAAACUAGAACCGUGUGAAAGUGACACUUCUGGAUAAACCUUGAGUAUGCCUAUGAACUACAGGGGAACCUGGGACAUGGUGGACAAUGAAAACUUGGAAGGUUACAUGGUGGCUCUUGGAAUUGAUUUCGCCACACGAAAGAUAGCGGGCAUGCUCAAGCCACAGAAGAUCAUUGAGCAAGAUGGAGACUCUUUCAAUAUUAAAACUUUAACAGCCUUCCGAAACUACUCAUGUUCUUUCAAAAUCGGCGAAGAAUUUGAGGAGGUCACCAAAGGACUGGAUAACAGAAAAUGCCAGACAACAGUCAACUGGGAUAACGACAAACUUGUGUGUGUGCAGAAAGGUGAAAAAAAGAGCCGAGGUUGGACGCACUGGAUAGACGGAGAUAAUCUUUACCUUGAGCUUAAAUGUGAAGACCAGACCUGCAAACAAACAUACAAAAGAAGUGCUUGAUUCUUAACUAUUAUGUUGAGUGAGUUAGUCUUAAUGAUUCAGUGAUGUAACAUAUCAUAAAUGGCAUUUUAAACAUUUCUUUUGAUGAUUUUUAUAUGACAACGUUCCUCAAAAGGUUUCAUGAAUGUCAAGAUGCAUUGCUGUUUGUGGAAAUGUUGCUCCAACAAAUGAUUUACUAUUAUAUAACUGUUACAUAAUAAUCUAUAAAAAAUAAAGCACAUUCUGCAGCAUAUAUUUUUUUCUUUUGAAUGUAUGUUUGUAUA